CGACGGUCCGGCAGCCAUCGACCAUUGUGGUCCAAGUCAAACCACCCCCCUCUCUCCGGCUGCCUCCUGCCCAUGCCCUCCCCCUAUAAAUCAAAUAAUCAACCACCACAUCAGAGCAGACCUCAGCGCAAAGCAGAUCGAGGACAAGCUCCUGUCCUGUGUCUGUGUGCUGUGUGCAGAACAUCACAAGUCAAGCAAAGCAAUGGCCACCAAGAUCUACAUCGUGUACUACUCGACAUGGGGCCACGUGGCGGCGCUGGCGGAGGAGAUCAAGAAGGGCGCGGACGCGGUGGCCGGCGUGGAGGCCACGGUCUGGCGCGUGGCAGAGACGCUGCCGGAGGAGGUGCUCGGGAAGAUGGGCGCGGCGCCGGCGCGCGAGGACCACCCGGUGAUCUCUCCGCGGCAGCUGGCGGACGCCGACGCCGUGCUGCUGGGCUUUCCCACGCGGUUCGGCAUGAUGGCGGCGCAGAUGAAGGCGUUCCUGGACGCCACAGGCGGUCUGUGGCAGGGCCAGGCGCUGGCGGGGAAGCCCGCGGGCGUGUUCCUCUGCACAGGCACGCAGGGCGGAGGGCAGGAGACCACCGCACUCACCGCCGUCACGCAGCUCGCGCACCACGGCAUGCUCUUCGUGCCCGUGGGUUACACCUUCGGCGCCGGCAUGUUCGGCAUCGAUCAGGUCAGGGGUGGCAGCCCCUAUGGCGCUGGGACCUUCGCCGGCGCCGAUGGCAGCAGGACGCCCACCGAGGUGGAGCUCGCCAUGGCCAGACACCAGGGCACCUACUUCGCCGGCAUCGCCAAGAAGCUCAAGGCCGGAGCAGCAGCCCUCGCUGCCGAAGCCUUGGCCUAAUCAGUCGUCAUGACUACUCAGACGGUCUUUAUUUAUUCCAUGCUUUGUUGUUUCUAUAAUUAAUAAUUGGUUUUAUAUUGGCGACAGAAUAGUAAAGUACGUACUUACGUAUUAUGUACUACAUCAGCUUGUUUGUUCCUAUACAUGAUGUCAUAAGUGGCUCCAUACACCAAAAGAUCUGAGUCGCACGUCAUACCAAGACUGCAUUGUUGUUACUAGUUUCCCGUGUAUGUGUAUGGUUUCUAUAAUACUCACUACGUUUCAAAAUAUAAUUUAUGUUAGAUUUAUCAUACAUUUAUUAA